AUGGCUGCCCUUGUCCAAGUCGCGCCAGGGUCAUGCCUUUCCGCAUCGCUCGCACCGUCGGCGGCCGGCGGAAGGAGCACCUCCCAACCAGCGUCGUUAGACUGCCGGCCAGUCUCUGCCGCCUCUCGACUCAGCAGCUGUGCAGUUCGCGCGAAACACCGCGUGCCUCUGCUGAGACACGUGGCAACCUUCCAGGAUGACGCGUGUCGAUCAUUCUACGAGCCGGUACGCUGCAAGAAGGCGGACAAGGAGAGCAAGGGCUUUAAGGAGGCGAAGCGGUCGCUGAAGGCGAAAGCGGCAGUGCUGGAAUCGCAGUUCGUCGCCUUGGCCGAAGCCGUUGACUCGGACGAACGGCAGACCGGCGUUGCGACGGCCACCUCGGUUGACGCGGACUUCGUGGCGACGGUGCUUCGCGAGCUGAAGGAGAUCAAGGCGGAGCUCAAGUCGCUGAAGCAGAUGCAGAAGAAGAUGAUGGAAUCCUCCUCCUCCUCUUCCUCCUCGUCCUCAUCGUCUAGCAGCGACGGCGGCAUGGGGGGAAUGAAGGCCAGGCGCAUGGAGCGCCGCAAAGCACGGCAGCAGGGCGCCAUGGGGAUGAUGGGGAUUGGGGGGAGCGUGGAGGGUUCCGUCGCCACUGGGGCUGCUGCUGCCGCCCUCGUAGUAGGUGCAGCUGCACAAUGUGCGACACCCCUACAGGCGUGCGACUUUUACUUCAAGCCUCCACGUGGCAUGAAGCCUUUUGUGCCCACGUUCAAGAUACGCGCCUCCAAUAUGAAUCUCAUGCUCAGCCAAACCUUCAUCAUGCACAAGUCGGGUGACGUCGUGCUAUCCACGAGCAAUAACAACGAGUACAACGGAUGCAUUAUGACGCCAAGAACGGACUGGCGUACGUGUGAUAAGGUGUUUCUGUUCAAGGGAGCGGGAAACGGGCCCAGCUCCUACGUCAACACCAACCUCGUCGCCAUGUACCCCGUGACCCCCGACGUCGUCCCUUUGUAUAAGAAUAGGUGCAUCGUGCUGCGGAUGGACAACACUCGUCUCGCCCGCAGCGGCUACCUCAACAGCGGUGAUACCCGCAUGAGAUUCCCUGAGCAACGCCGCUGCAUUGUUUUCAAGACCGCGUAA